CAAUCUCGCUUACUCCUGUAACAAUACUCCGAAAUUUUGUAACUGCUAUGACAUUUUGAAUAGAGAAUGAACAUGCCACUCGGAGAAKAUUCCAGUCCAUCGUCAAAAUAAGAUUUCAGCAUAAAUGUCUUUGGAAUGUGAUGAUGAUCAUUGAGCCGUGUCCGACUUGACUCGGUCGUUAUUUGACAAGCACUGGACGCCACAAAUACAAUGAAGACAUUUGCAUAGAUUACGUUAGUUAUUACUGCCGUAACUUAACAUCAGCAAGGCAGAUUGAUCCACACCAAAUUCAAGCGAUGUCGAUUGCAAGGGACGGGUCCUCUCGCGUAAGAGAUAGGAAAACAAGUACYAAUCUACGAGCGGAGUAUACGGAUUUAAUCAAUGCAGACGAGGGUUUGAUAGAAGCGCGAAGAUGGAUCGAGAGAGUGACCUUUACGAWGUUCAAAAACAACGAUUUCAGAGAAUCGCUGGCAGAUGGAGUGCUCCUUUGCGAAUUGGUUGUGAAUGUUGCAAGUAUGUCAAUCGGUCGAAUCAAUCGAAGCUCUACACAGUAUGCGGGAAUUGACAAUAUCAAGUUAUUUAUCAGAGCAUGUGAGGCCCUCGGCUUUGAAAAAUCCCAGUUAUUUGAUGCAGAUGAUCUACAGGAAGUACCGGUUAAACGAGGCCAGAGUGUCCUCGAAAGAGCUAAAGAAUCCCAGCAAAGGUUACGAAGGGUUGCUCUAACUGUCUACCAUCUUGGCAAAUAUGCCAAUGAACACUUGAACUUUACUGGUUCAUCAGUUUUGAAGGAAGAGUGCUUUAGCCAUCUCCUUGAAAAUAACCUGCCCGAGYUGCCUGUCUUAGAGGGUGCUGAUUUAGGCAGGCGAGCUUCUCAGUACGAAAUAUCACAAGCACCAAUACUAGAGACAACACCAGAAAAAGACAAAAAGGAAAACACAGAGAUUGUUACAGAGACUGGRAAUUUCAGUGCRAAACGAAAUACUUUUCAACAGCUAGAACAAGAAUCAAUCAAACAGGCUGAAGAGGAAGCACUGCAGCGUAGUCGUCGCAGGUCCUUCUCAUCUGGUGACAAAGAAAACGAAUUUGAUUCAGAAGAAGCUUUAAAAAGAAGAAAGAGUCUUGGUAGUAAACCAGUUUGGAAAGAAGGAGAUAGUCGAUACAAACAUAAAAGAGAAAUUCUUGGUGGUUGGAAGGAUCCAAUAAAAAGUAGACGUGAGCGUAUUGAAAACAGCGGCUCUACAGACGGCUCACCACCCAAACAUCAAAUUAGUAUGAGAUCACCUGGAGACUUGCAAAAAAAGAAAUCAAAAUUUGAAGAAAUGGAACGAACUGCAUCAGAGGAAGCUGACGUACWUCAAGGAAAACGGACUCGACCAAAAUCAUGGGUCGGUGGRGACAUCAGGUCGCGAUCUGUAUCCUUAAAGGAUAAAACAAAUAAAUUUGAAGAUAUGCAACGACAAGCAGACAAGGAAAGCGCCGUACUGCACGGUGAAUUACGUAUGCCUGCAGUUAACAAUGACGUUAAGAGACACGACAGAUCACCCGUUUUAACUGUUGGGGCUGUUAACUUAAAGGAUAAGCACAGUAAAUUCGAACGACUUGACAAAGCUGCCCACCAGCAAACACUAGUCCUGCAAGGCAGACGAGAUGAAGUUGAAACWGAUUUCACCCACGAUAUUGGUGACAAAGUCAAUGGACCAAUAUCACUACCUGGAGCAGCUGACCCAAAGCUUCAAGACAAGAAAAAACAGUUCGAAACCUUGGAUUACAAAGCACAAAGGGAAAGCACAAUUCUCAGACUGCACAGCGGUAAAUCGUUUGAUGAUCCGAACCAGAAUCCAAUCCCUCUGAACACUGCAUCAAGAAGAGCUGAUCCAAAGCCAAGGCCAAAGUCRAAUAUCUUUGAUUAUCARCGUUUUCCYCCAGUAGACAUCGACAGAAGAGAAAUUCUAAACGAAUCAGUUCAGCCCAAAGAAAUGGACUUCAGCGAAAGCACUCCAGAGCAAUGGAAUUCGUUCGACGAUCAUGGYUCGUCCAAGAGUGUUUCUCCGACACCUCUACCACCAGCCAGRGGUGACUCCUUGAGGUACAAUGCCAACAAACAGGACGAAAACGUCAGAAAAUCUGACAAAACACCAUUAUACUCGUCUUUUGCUGCCCAGCAAGACCCUUCAAAAGAUAAAGGACAAAAGAACAAGGAAAUGAAAUACAAGGAGUUCAUCUCGUACCCAGUCGUCAAACAAAGAGAUCGUGUAGAUCGUUACAACGCUGCUAUACAGGGACUUUCCAAAGAACCGCCACCUAAGAACAUCACCACGGGGGAAAAACCAAGAAAGAAAUCYCUCAAUAGCAAUGAGUGGAUCAAACAYAAAGCUCAAGAAGAACCAGAGAUAGAGUUACCCAAACGCCAAAUCAAAAAGAUUUGGGAUCGAGAACCAGAUGCUGAAGAAGAGGAAGUAGUAAAGAAACCUCUUGAACCAGUUGACACAUCUUUUGAUGAAAGAAAAAUCUCAACUCAUGUAGCCAAUGUGCAGAAUAUGAGCUAUAGAGAUUUCACAGCAGCACCGAAGAACCUUGCAAAGGAUCGUGUCAUUUCACGUGCUCCUGUUGUAGAGUUGGUUUCAUCCAGGAAGAAAAGCGAAAAUCGUAACGAGCCUUUCAGUAAUUUCGCGCAGMCAGCGAGUGACGAUGUGAAGAACACAACAAAGAAGAAAUCCAUGUCGUAUCAUGACUUUGCCGUGCCUCCUCCAAAAGURGAGUCAAAAGCUGAUGCCGCUGCAAAGGCYCAAAAAGUCAAAGAAAUGACCAGAAAAUUCCAGGAUCUCGAGGCCGAACAGAACAAGCCAAAACCAGCGGGACCACCAGGACUUAAGUCCCUCGUCGACAGAGAUGAGCUUGUGCGUUACGAAAGAGAAUCUCGCGCCCGCAGUUGGUAUGGCGUWGACGAUGAAGAGUUCGAAGGAGCUACUAGACGGCGAGUUCGACGAUGGUCAGAUUAUGAAUAUGAAGAGGGAGACAAAAUGAGGGACGCACCAAGAGAGAUGCAAAACGGUGAUGCAAAUAAUUCUGAAGUGCAUCCUAGUGUUUUUGAUGAACUGGAACCCUACUGGAAGCCAAUGGAGCCUGAACCAGUUCGAGUGCAAGAAACCAGACCUGUAGAAAGUGCCAAAGAGUCAAUAGAACCUGAACCCUACCGGAAGCCAAUAGAGCCUGAACCAGUUCGAGUGCAAGAAACCAGACCAGUAGAAAGCGCCAAAGAGUGGUAUGACAUUCGUCCACCUCCUCCCGUCCCCGUGGCUCCUAAGGAGACAGAAGUACAGCCUGAAGUCAUGAGGCCUGUCAAGUCAAUACUCAGACAUGAUCCACUGACGACGGUUAACCAUUACGAACCAMGACAGCCAGAACCAAGACAGCCAGAACCAGCGCAUGAAAGAUAUCAAACAGAAGCUCAACCACAACCUAAUCAAACUCGAACUCAACCUCGGGCUGUUUYAUCACAUGGACGAACUGUUGGAAGUCGUAGCUGGAAUGACUUUGAAAGUGCACGAAGGAAAAAGUCUAUGGAACUUUUGGAGAAUCGACCAACAGCAAAGCYAUAUGAGACUAGAGAUACAACCAAGGUCGAAAGUGAACCGUACAAAUUGAAAAGACCUACUGACUACUUGACAAAACAUCACUUUGAACAAGCUCCAAAACCUACAAGGCAAACAAACCAGCAACCUGAGCCACUGGAAGCCCAUCAGUACAGUUACGAGUCACAGCCCGAAAACUCACAAAUACCAAAUCGUAAUUCCAUGCCGACAUCUUAUCCUACGUACUACGAGCCUGACGUAAGUGCUGGUUAUUCCCCUGCAGCAGUAGAAACUGGUAAACCUCUUUUUGUCAGCGCAAGGCUACACGAAGAYGACGAAAUUCAAAUGAAACAAAAGCCCCCUUCCGCAUCACCUAGUUACGACAUACCAGUGGCUGAAAAGGUCAGCCCUCCAGAGGUUGAAUCYAAUGUGGAGUCGGAGCCACAUGACUUUAAGGCUCAACAAAGGUUGUGGGAGUACAAAACUACUCAAAUUCACGAAGAACCUGUUCCUCCWCAGCCAGACGUGGUUAAGAAUGACGUAAAGCAACCAGAAGAAGUUCAUAAGUACGUUAUCGAUCCAGAACCUGUUAGGCAAAGACAGGAAGAACCACCCAAACCACAUCGUCCUCAGGUGUUUGCCAUUGUUGGAACCGCUCAUCCCGUGCGACCAUCCCCUACUGAAUCUGUAAAGCAAGUAUCACCAAACCUUGCCCAAGUAAGUCCUAAGGAGCCUUCYCCUCAAAUAACGAAGCAGGCGGAGCCGAGGCCUCARGACUUGAAACCGAAGCUAUUACGAUCUCCAUCUGGGGCAAAAGUGUUUGACUUUAGCCAAGAAAACGACGAGCAUACACCAGUUGAAGACAGAGCCCCUGCACAAAAAUUGGCCCCAGUCAAGAYAGAAGACAAUACAGUUGUUGUUGAAACGGUAACAGUAGUCGAGAAGGGACCAAGUCUUGACGAUGAYAUUUUUCAAUCCUUUAACGAAGAAGAAGAGAARAUGAAGCGAAAUCUUCAAGAUCCAGUUUAUCGAGAGAAGCUUAGAAAGGAAGUCGAAGAAGAGAACCGAAAGCAACGGGAAGAAACACGAUACUUAACAAAUCUUCAAAUGGGACAACCYCUUGGACCAAAUGAAGACAACUUCAUCCAUGAAGAAGAAGAGAGACUCAGACAAGAAAAACUGGAGUCAAUCUCUCCGAAAAAWGAUAUAUACGAUUACAAUGCCAACCGAAAAGAUUACCCAAUCAUAGAGAAACRGAUCAAUGGUUUGCAACACUCUCCUAAAGAGAAAGAAAUUCCGCUUUACCCAGUACAGAGGGAGAAUGAGCCUGGUGAAUACGAUCGGCGUUAUGAAAAUGAGAGAGGUGGGCAGUUGCCGCAYCAAAGAUCUGGGGAAGAUCGAARUCGAAAUGAAUAUCAAGAAAGUCGAGGCCGUUCACCUCACCGUCCUUCAAGCAGAGAGCGAGAACGUCAUGAAAAUGAACGUAGAAAAUCACCRCGCAGGUAUUCGAGCUCAGAGAGGGAACGAUACGAGCAAGAUCGAAGAGGGCGAUCUCCACACCGACGUCAAAGCCCAGGGCAAGAGCGUCAAGAUCAGGAACGGAGAAACAGGUAUCCGAGUUCAGAAAGAGAUCGUUACGAACGAGACCAAAGUGGGCCACYUCGUARGUAUCCGAGCUCAGAACGAGAUCGYUACGAGCAUGACCGAAGAGGACGAUCACCACACAGAAAUAGGGAUGAAUAUUAUCGCGAAAACGAACGACGAGGUCGUGACCCCAGAGAUCCUCAGGAAAGACGGCGUGAGCAAGAAUACGGUGAAAGGGACCGUUAUAAAAAUGAACGAAGAGACGCAGAACGACGCAGAGAYUCUGAACGGAGGGACGCGGAACGCAGGGAAGCAGAACGUAUACAACAUGAGCGCAGGGAAGUAGAGCGAAUAGAAGCCGAGCGCAAAGAGCAUGAGCGAAGAGAAGCGGAACGCCGAGAAGCAGAACGAAUAGAAGCCGAACGCAGAGAACAAGAACGAAUGGAGGCAGAACUCAGGGAACGUGAACGAAGAGAAGCAGAACGGCGGGAAGCAGAACGAAUAGAAGCCGAACGUAGAGAACUUGAGCGAAUUGAAGCCGAACGCAGAGAACAAGAACGAAUAGAGGCCGAACGCAGAGAACUUGAGCGAAGAGAAGCCGAACGUAGAGAAUAUGAGCGAAGAGAAGCCGAACGUAGAGAGCAAGAACGAAUAGAAGCCGAACGUAGAGAAUAUGAGCGUCGUGAACAAGAGCGAAUGGAAAAAGAAAGACUUGAACGUCUCGAACGAGAGCGAAUCGAAAAAGAACGCAGGGAACAAGAAAGAAUUGCAAUAGAACAAGAAAGACUCGAACGAGAACGGCGGGAGCGUGAAGAGCAGCUUGAAAGAGAGAGACUAGAAAAGGAACGCAUGGAACAGGAGCGAAUGCGAGUUGAACAAAUAGAGAGGGAACGAAUCGAGCAGGAAAGAAUUGAAAGAGAGAGACGCGAGCAAGAACGAAUACAACGAGAAAGGAUCGAACACGAAAGACGUGAACAAGAAAAGAUUGAAUGGGAACGACUUGAACAAGAGAGAAUAGAAAGGGAGCGCUACGAACAACAAGAUGAACGUAGAAGACGAGGCCACGAACAAGACAGAUAUGAACGUGAUAGAUACGAUCGUGAAAKGCAAGAAUGGGAAAGACGUGAUGCACACCAUAGAGGUCGUCCUUCUAGUGAUUAUCAUGAUGAUCGAAGAAAAGAUCGUAGGGAACAAGAGAGAUAUGAACAAGAACGUAGAGAGCAAGAACGACGUGAAAGACAUCGCAGAGAACAAGAACAACUCGGUGCKGAAGAGAGAGAAAGACAUCGGCAAGARCAACAGCAGCGCGUUCAUGAAAUGAUAGCCAAUCAACGUCAAGAAGAAAUAGAGCAAGACCAAUACAAAGAAAUGCUUUCCAAAGAACAGCAAUAUUUGUACGGUGCAAGUGAAAAAAGACGCAAUAGUGAAGAUGAUGGUAUGUGGAAAAAGAUAGAAGACGGUUCUGGGUAUGACAUCUAUUCUACUUUCAUUGAAGACGAGCGAAGCCCAAUAGUUUGUACCAGCUGUGGUAUGUCUAUCGUCAGAGAUCGAGCCAUGUAUGUCAGAGAAUUAAACCAAUACUGGCAUGAGACGUGCUUUCGAUGUGUGGUAUGUCAUGUCAUAUUUGGAUCGCGCGAACAACGAAGUCCUCUAAAAGUCACUGAUUCUUUACUGCAUUGUGAAAAUUGUUUUAUUACAAACGAAGGAGACAAGUGUACUGAAGUGUGAUCCAAAGCACGAUCAAGUAACACUAUCAUUUCGAUGAGGAAAAUACUUUUUUAUAUUGAAAAKAAAACGUGUCAUCGCAUGAAGACAGUCAAUCUCUGUCAAAUUAUGAAUUUUAACAUUAACGUGUAAUUUACAUUGUAAAAUAUAAUGCAUCAUCAGAUGACAUCCAAGCAACAUMCUGGUUCGCAUGUAUUCAAUCUUCCAAAACUCCUUAWUGUUGGAACUAUGAAUGAAAUUAAGGAAUAAUUUAAGGCCUGAAAAGUCCASCUCUUUUGAUUUAUAAAAAUCCAUUGCUUUAGCCAAAAGACUAUUUGUAUCUUUAUAUGUUAUACCAAUGUUACUUAAAGUUUCACUAUAGUCAGGGUUCUACAUGACGAUGGGAUUGCAUCCUGACUGUAUAGUUCAAUCAUUGCAUAAAACCGUCAUGACUCGUGUUUUUAGCUUGAAGCUAGUACAUAAAGGCUGCAUUCACACGUAUCCGGAUGCGUGUCUUCGAAUAUUUUCGCUAUCCAGAUACGUUCAUAGUUUUCUGUGGUUUCAUAGUGUAAACGACAAGUCAUGUAAUAUAAUUUUAUACUUGGAAGAUUGUAUUUUUAAAGCAACAGACUCAGUCGAUUGUACUUUUAGACGAUACUUAUGCGAUAUUUUAACCGUGUCAUGUAAACAAUACUGCACCAAACAAAUUAAACAAUUUAAAGUA